AUGGCAGCCACGGCCGCUGCCCGGCGGCUGCCCAUGGGUGUGCGGACGUUCAGUGACUUUCUCCAGAUCGUCACGGUGGGAUCGCCCCGCUCCUGUCGCGCAGCGGCGCCCAGAGGAUGCCUGCGACAGAACAUCAGACACCUGUCGUCAUGCGGCAUUUUGAUGACCAGAACUCCCAGAGCACUUUGCCUUCAAGAGUGGGACACGAUGACAGCCGUUCCCCAAAGUAGAAACUUCAUCAGCUUCACCAACAAAAGGAAGGAGUACUCCGAGCGUAGGAUAAUUGGGUUUUCUAUGCAGGAAAUGUACGACGUAGUGGCUAAUGUUGACGAGUACAAGCUCUUUGUGCCCUGGUGCAAGAAGUCCCAGACCAUCAUGAAAAGAGCCGGCCACUGCAAAGCUCAGCUUGAAGUGGGAUUCCCACCCAUGGUGGAGAGAUACACAUCUAUGAUCACUUGUGUCCGACCUCAUCUAGUCAAAGCAGUGUGCACAGAUGGAAAGCUCUUCAAUCACCUGGAGACAAUAUGGCGCUUCAGUCCUGGCAUUCCUGGUUACCCUCGCACCUGCACCGUAGACUUUUCUAUAUCCUUCGAGUUCCGCUCACUGCUGCACUCCCAGUUAGCCACCAUGUUCUUCGAUGAGGUCGUAAAGCAAAAUGUCACCGCGUUCGAGCGGCGCGCCUGCAAGCUGUACGGCCCAGAGACUCGAAUCCCGCGGGAGUUGAUGUUUCACGAGGUGCAUCAGACGUGAUCUCCCCAGCUCAGCGUGUUUCCAUCCGGCCUUAAACGACACCAACCUUUAUUCCCUCUGUCCCCACCAACCUGCAUGAUGCUGCAUAGUCACCUCACCCUCGAGCUCCAGGUCCCUGCCGCUGCCUCGACAUCUCAGCGGCUCCCGGAGACUAUAGACAUCCCACUGUUGUAAGCAUUAUGUUGGAAUAUUACACAUUCUUGUUAUUGCAGCCUCUCAACAGAUUCUCGCUCAUUUCCAUCCUCCUCGUCCACGUGCUGUCUACCUCCACUGAAAGGUUCCUUGUUUAGCAGAGGGAGCCCACAUCGCUCUCGCUCCACGGCAGAUACAUACUGUGUUUAUGUAAACAAAGCAGUCGGUCAUUGCAGCGUCACGUUAGCAAUGGAAGAAAGGCAACGUUUGUUUUAGAAGAAACAGUGACACUGAACAAAACACCAUUUAAUUUAUAUUUUUCAUUGUAUGUUCGGAGGUUUGAUUUGAUCCAGACUUCAGCUCGACUCUUACAGUUCACUGUGACCUCACGGACACUUGUCACGAUGACACUUUAAUGCAAAACGUGUCCAAUACUUUAACUUCAGCACUUUAAUCAGCUGAUUACACUGUCAAUAGAGAAACACAUUCUUUGCCUUUGCCGCUUGUUUUUAAUUCAAAUGGGGAGUUUUAAAAUAUCGUGACAUAUAGUAGUGAGUAUAGUAGAGUAACUAUUUCCUUUCAAAAAAAUUAGUCCAUCAGUGGCUAAAUGCAAACUUGUAUUAUUUUAUUGCGAUUCAAAAGAAAUGUUCAAUGUUUGGGACGUUCAGAGUCGGGACUGUUUGUUGUGACGAAAUCAACGAAGGGAAACCAGGAAAGUUCUCUUCAUCAUUUGGCUGUGGCCUCAUUUAACUUUAGCUUUAACUUUGCCUGUUGUGCUGUGAUGCUUGUUUUUUUUGUGGGACAUUGAGAUUUGGUCUGCCAAUUUUAAUAAAGCCUUUAUUUUACAGCCUGGCACUAGUAGUGAGUGUUAGGUAACAAGUGGUGGAGGCAGUUAAAGUUUGCACAAACAAGCGCACCUGAAUAAUUCCACUGAGAAGCUGGAAAGAACUGAAAUACUGUAAAUGGGAUUACAACAAGAACAACUUUAUAUUUGAUAAAUACCUGUAUAUAGUGUGGGUUUGCAAGUUGAACUCAUACAUAAUAAAAAUAAAAAAAAUAAAGGAGGAUUUAUUGAUAGUAAUCUGGUAUUAUAAUAAUCCCACUGCAGUGAAAACAAACCAUUUGUACGAGACUUUUUGUAAAAGUUUCCCUUCUCUGCUUUCUGUGUUUUGUGGUCCAUCUCCUGAAGGUCAUCAGGAGGACGUUACUCCUGCUGUGUACAUUGUUAGAAUAAAAUAAUCCACUGGUGGGCUGUAGAAUAAAACAUUAUCAUUUGCCAUCAUCUGUGGGUUUAAUGCUUAUUUUUAAAAGGCUUUUUAUUUAUAUUUAUUCUGAUGCAUGGAUGUAACUAAGAGGGAACUAUUAGACAUGUGUUUAGUGUGUCAAGGUCACAAUUUCAUUUUGUUGGGAUUUAAGUUUCAUAUUGAAGUAGCCCCGUUGCUUUAUUCCCCCAUAAAGGGCUCUGAAGUUAAACUGAUUGUAUUUGCCAUAUUUCAGAGGUGACCGCUACGUGCUGGUUGCCAAAGGUCAAUGGAGGAAGUCAUCUGUUGUGUGACCUUCUUCGUAAUAGACGAGUCACUUUGUCCACAUGCUACAAGUCUUAUUCUCCCAACAGAGCUGAACUGGGGUUCGGUGUUCUCACAUCUCGGUUUUGGCUUCGAACUUGAUCUGCUUUCAUUUUCUCUGUGAUUUAGAAAUGAAGAUAUUUAAUCAUCAGUGCAUGAAGAGUGUUAAAUCCAAGUGGGCCUGUGAAUCACUGUUACGUUAAAAAAAAGAAAAGAAAGUUGUACUUAUUAAAGAGACAUUUAAAUGCUGUUUUGGGGUGUUAUAUUUUAAAGCAAUAAAGUCUAUUUUAUAUAAUAUUGACAUGUUUGCUAUGCAGUGAUCAGGCUUCAUUCAUCUGCACCUAAAGUCUCUGUGUGUUAAUAUGGCUGCACACAGAGUGGAUUUCAUGCCAGGUCUUGAUCGUAGAUGCCAAUACUCUGAGUCAGAAACAAGGGAAAUCUAAAAGGCACUGAGCACCGUGUAAACCUUCACCAAGACCCAACAGUCCCCUUCAAUUGAAGCUGCUCCAAUUUAUACAAGUAAUCCUGGAUUCGCCCCCAAAUUUAAUGGGUUCUUCUCUGAUCCCAUCGGUGUCCCUCCACCAAUUUUUAUGGAGCUCCAUCCCUUUGCUUUUGUGUCAUCUUGGUUACAAACACACUCGGACAGAGGUCAAAACAUAACCUCCUUGGUGGAUGUAAAUAAUUUAGGACAAACCUGAAUUUCCUAGAGAUUAAAGGUUUGAACAUUUUGUAGCAAAGAUUAUAUCGAACCAAAUACUGUGGUUCUAUUAAAAAUGUGCUGGAAAUGUUCCAAAAUUGCAGAUACACAAACUAAAGUCAUUUCACCCAGUGUUAUAUUGACAAUAUCAAUAGAACUUAUAGUAUUUUAUUUAUUUAUCGAAGACUGACAUCUUGUUACGUUGACCAGCGUUAUCGUUUGUUUCACUCAUGUGGGGACUGUGGAUGUUUGCAUUUGAUGAUGCUCACAGUAAAUAUGCUUAAGAUUAAAUGGAACAAAUUAAUCAUGAGGCCGGUGAUUGUUUCAUCCCUUGUGUUUCCACAUGAACUUGUCAAACUGCAGGUGAAUGAAUGAGCCUUGGUCUAAUGGUGGCGGACUUGUAUAUAAACAGAGGUGUAGAUCAUCACUAUCACAGACUGGGGAGUUCCUACGAUAGAAUAUAUUGUAAAUGUAUCUGAAAAACACUGUGGGUGUAUUUUAAAGCAUUAUUUAAAUAAAAAAGCAGGAAAACUC